CGUGGGCUGAGGUAGGAAACGCAAUCUCACGCAGCCAGCGCAGAGUCCCGUGUUCAAGAAACGCAUUUUCUACUGCGCAACACAUCCAGAGGAUCGUUCCCAGACGCCGUUUUUCGCCAAGAUGUCGAUGACGGUGAAAGCUUACCUUAUCGGCAAGGACGACUGCAACAAGGAGAUCCGCCGCUUCGCCGUGGAUCAGGAUGUCUCAACAAGUUUUGAGUAUUUGAAGAGAAAAGUGCUCGAUGUUUUCGUCGGUCUGAGGACUGCGCCUUUUCAACUGUCCUAUAAAGAUGACGAUGGCGACAUGAUUGCUUUUUCCUCUGACGAUGAGCUAAUGAUGGGGUUGGCUCUUGUGAAGGAUGACACUUUCCGUGUCUACAUCAAGCAAAGAAAGGAGCACAAACGUGAUCCCUCACCUCAUGGGAUCCCUGGGUUCCCAUUCCCCUCGCCUCAUGGAGCCCCCCACUUUAGCCCCCCAGGACCUAAUCUUAUGGGUCCCCCUGGAGGACCUCACAUGGGGCCUCCCCCUCAUCAUCCUCCUCCUCCUCAUCACCCUCCAAUGCUGCACCCAGGGGUGACCUGUGAUGGGUGUGAAGGGCCGGUGGCCGGAACACGUUUCAAGUGCACCGUUUGCCCCGAUUAUGACUUGUGCUCCUCCUGCCAGGGCAAAGGCCUCCACAAGGAGCAUGCUCUCCUGCCCAUCUUUCACCCAAUGUCCAACAUGUUUGAGUGGUUUCCUCGUGGGAAGAUUUGGCGUAAGAUGAGACACUGCAUGUGGGCAAAUACCCAGGCUCAAGCUCAAGCUCAAGCUCAGACCCAAAACCAGGCUCAGCCUGGUCCAUCUGGAGUCCAGCAAAACCAGGAUGCUUCUGAAAACAAGAGCCAAAACGGUGCUACUGAAUUAUGCAAGGCUAAUAUGGAGUACCUAAAGAACAUUGGGGAGGAAGUGGCGGCCAUGUUGAGCCCCCUUGGCAUAGAUGUGGACAUCGACGUUGAGCAUGAGGGGAAUCGGACCAAAGUUACACCAACUCCUCCUGCCUCCAGUGGGCCAGCUAGUGCUCGGAGUGAGAGUGGCUCCAUAGGGCUUCUCUCCAGAGGGUCUGGUCCUGGAAGUCAGGUCACCGAAGAGAGCGUCAGUGAGGGAACAAAGGGUCAGAAAGACCAAGGCAGUGAUGAGGAAUGGACUCAUCUCAGCUCUAAAGAGGUGGACCCCUCCACAGGAGAGCUGCAGUCCCUUAAGAUGGAGCAGGACGGGACCGAUCUUCCAGCCCCGCUGAGUACUGACUCCAGCACAAGCACCUCCGAGGGUCCCACCGGUCUGCGGGAGGCAGCUCUCUACCCACACCUUCCUCAAGAUGCAGACCCAAGACUGGUGGAGUCUCUUUCUCAGAUGCUCUCCAUGGGCUUCACCGACGAGGGUGGAUGGUUGACCAGACUGCUCCACACCAAGAAUUUUGACAUCGGAGCAGCCCUGGAUACCAUCCAGUACUCUAAACCAGGCCCACAGAAGUAGAGGAGGAGCGCAGGAAUAAAGAAGACCUGGGCCAUACAAAUAUAUUUUUAAAUUCCGGCCUGUUUUUUAUUCAGAGUCUUUCCAUGCUUUUUCGAUGAAAAAAAUCUUUACAUAAAUGCUAUAAACAAUAUCAAUUACUCAGGUGACUGGCGCAUAGUUAAGUUCAUUAUUGGGUUUCUGCAAAAUAGAUAUUAACAUUUCUGUCUUCAGCAUUACACCAUGUUAUAAAGAUAGUUGUCGCGGUAUAUGCGUAUUACAUAUAAAAGUAGAUGUCUACAUUUGUGCGAUUUUUCUAUGUGCAUUCACGUAACCAAUAAGAGUUUGUAGGUGAAACAGAAACCUGGGGAUGUUUUUGUUGUUAGUAAACAGAUGGAGUCAGGUUAACGUCACUGUAGGUCUUCUAAAAUUCCUGUCCUUUCUAUCCUCAAUAAAAUGCAAAAAAGAAA